AUGUCGACCAAGAGAGAAGAGUCUCCCGCGGCUCUGGCCGAGGAGCUCGAGAUGACCAAGAAGCAAGACGAGGAGCACGUGGCCUUUGAGCAAAUCAGUCCAGAGGAGGAGGCCGCCCUUGUGCGCAAGUUAGAUAGAGUCUUGAUGCCGCUCAUGUCCUUUGUCUACUUUUUCCAGUACCUCGACAAACAAUCCAUCAACUACGCCUCCGUCUUCGGCCUCCGCAAGGACCUGCGCCUGACCGGCCAGGACUUCUCGUGGGUCAUCUCGCUCUUCUACUUUGGCCAGCUGUGCUCCGAGUACCCCGCCGCGUACCUCAUGGGCCGCCUCCCCAUCACCCUCUUUGUCGGCGUCACCAUCAUCGUCUGGGGCGGCGUCGAGAUGUGCCUCGGCGCGACCCACGACUUCAGGGGCCUCGCGGCCGCCCGCUUCUUCCUCGGCUUCGCCGAAGGCGCCGUCUCCCCGGCCUUCAUCAUCAUCACCUCCAACUGGUACCGCCGCCGCGAACACCCGAUCCGCGUGGCGACCUGGGUCUCCAUGUCGGGCGUCUCGCAGAUCCUCGGCGCGCUCAUGAUGUACGGCAUUGGAGGCGCGGCGCAGAUGGCCCUGGAGAAGUGGCGCGUCAUGUUCCUGAUCAGCGGCGGGCUGACCUCGGCCUGCGGCAUCGCUUUCUGCCUGCUCAUGCCAAGGGACACCACGACGGCGUGGUUCCUCAACGAGAGGGAGCGCGAGGUCGCCACCAGGCGCCUGGCGCUGGACCGCGGGACCCGCGACAGGGCCGAGUUCAACACCAAGCAGAUGUACGAGGCGCUGAAGCAGCCAAUGACGUGGAUGUAUUUUAUGAUGGCGCUCUGCAUCACCCUCACCACGCCUAUUCUCAAGUUCUCCUCCCUCGUCAUCAACGGCUUCGGCUACUCCCCCUUCAAGACAAUGCUGGUCGGCCUCCCCGGCGGCGCCAUCAGCUUCGCGACCAUCUGGGCCAGCGCGCUGAUCCCGCGCUUUGUCCCGGGCACGCGCGUCUACACGUCGAUCGGGCUCUCUCUUGUGCCGCUCCUCGGCUCCGCCAUGCUCCUCGCUCUCCCCGUGAAAGGAUCCGAGUGGGGCAUCGUGGCGAGCACGUGGCUCGCGGCGUGCUGCAGCUCCCUACUCAGCUCGUCGGCGUCCAUGAUGGCGUCUAACGUUAAGGGCAAUACCAAAAAGUCUGUUGUCAGCGCUGGCUUCUUUAUCGUGUACUGCGUCGGGUGCAUCGUCUCGCCGCAGGCUUGGACGGAGAGCGACGCGCCAAGGUACACCAAGGGGUGCAUCCUCAGCAUCGCGAGCUGGGUCGCCUUGAUUAUCACGUAUGCUGUCUACGGGUUCACGCUCAAGAGGGAGAAUGCCACGAGGGACAGGCUCGCGGCGGAGGGCCACUACGAGUACGACGUCGGUGGGCAUGAUGGCGGCGCGCAGGCCGUGCAGAUGGGGGUUGCGGUUGAUUCGGACUUGACGGAUGUGCAGGACAAGGCUUUCAGGUACAACUUGUGA